UCUUUCUACUUGCUUUCAUUUGUAUGUCCGGAUUCUCUCCUGCAACAGCGGAUAAAACGCAGUUCAAAACCUAUGUUAUCAAUGUCAAGCACCCAAAUAAUGAAGAAGUUGCAGAAGCACAAAAUCUAGAAAGCUGGUACAAGUCUUUUAUGCCGACUAGCAUGACCUCAGACUCAGACCAGCAACCUCGCAUUGUUCAUUCAUAUCAGCAUGUGAUGACUGGGUUCGCAGCCAGACUAACCGAAGAUGAAGUGAAUGCCAUGAAAGAGAAGGAUGGGUUUGUUUCAGCCAGGCCGGAAAAGAUAUUUCACUUGCAUACAACUCAUACUCCUGGUUUUUUGGGUUUGCAUAAGGGGUCAGGGAUCUGGAAAGGAUCCAACCUUGGAAAGGGUGUCAUUAUCGGAGUAUUGGACACAGGAGUAUUACCAGACCAUGUUUCAUUUAGCGAUGCGGGAAUGCCACCUCCACCUGCGAAAUGGAAAGGGAAGUGUGAAUUCAAAGGGACGUCCUGCAAUAACAAGCUCAUAGGUGCUAGAAAUUUUGACAGCGAGAGUACAGGGACGCCACCUUCUGAUGAGGAGGGCCAUGGAACCCACACGGCAAGCACUGCUGCUGGAAAUUUUGUGAAACACGCCAGCGUAUUUGGUAACGCCAAGGGCACCGCUGUUGGCAUGGCACCUCAUGCUCACUUGGCAAUUUAUAAGGUCUGUUCAGAAAGUGGUUGUGCUGGAAGUGACAUAUUAGCUGCGAUUGACGCGGCCAUUGAGGAUGGCGUCGACGUGCUCUCCCUCUCCCUUGGUGGACAAUCUUUUCCUUUCCAUGAAGACCCAAUUGCCCUUGGUGCCUUUGCUGCAACUCGAAAGGGAAUUUUUGUUAGCUGUUCUGCUGGGAAUGAGGGUCCAGCCAAUUCUACAUUAUCAAAUGAGGCCCCAUGGAUUCUUACCGUGGCUGCAAGCACUAUGGAUAGAAGCAUAAAGGCUAUGGUUAAGCUUGGAAACGGGAAAAAUUUUGAUGGGGAAUCACUGUUCCAGCCAAGAGAUUUUCCUUCAGAACAAUUGCCUCUUGUAUAUGCAGGUGCCGGAAGUAACGCAUCAUCUGCGUUUUGCGGGGAAGGAUCACUGAAAGACCUUGCUGUUAAAGGAAAGGUAGUUGUUUGUGACAGAGGUGGGGGCAUUUCCAGAAUUGACAAAGGGAAAGAAGUGAAGAAUGCCGGUGGAGCAGCCAUGAUUCUUACAAAUGGCAAGCCUGACGGGUUCAGUACAUUGGCCGACCCUCACAGUCUUCCUGCAGCACAUGUGGGUUACUCGGCGGGUUUAAGUAUCAAAGCUUACAUAAAUUCAUCAAACAAACCUACAGCUACUCUCCUAUUCAAAGGAACGAUAAUUGGAAAGUCCGCAGCCCCUGAAAUCACUUCCUUCUCGUCCAGAGGACCUAGCUUGGCAAGCCCUGGUAUUUUGAAGCCUGACAUAACCGGCCCUGGUGUGAGCGUUCUAGCAGCCUGGCCCAGCUCUGUAGACAACAGGACUGACUCAAAAGUGGCAUUUAACAUGAUUUCUGGCACAUCAAUGUCGUGCCCCCAUCUUAGCGGCAUUGCAGCUUUGUUGAAAAGCUCUCAUCCUGAAUGGUCACCUGCUGCCAUUAAGUCUGCAAUCAUGACUACUGCAGAUGUAUUGAAUCUUAAAGGCGACCCCAUUUUAGAUGAAACACAUGAGCCUGCCGAUGUCUUUGCCGUGGGUGCCGGGCAUGUCAACCCUUCAAGAGCAAAUGAUCCUGGACUCAUUUACGACAUCCAGCCAAAUGAUUACAUACCCUACCUAUGUGGCUUGGGUUACAAUGACACUCAAGUAAGAGCUAUUAUCCGACACAAAGUGCAGUGCUCCAAGGAGUCAAGCAUACCCGAGGCACAGCUAAAUUAUCCUUCAUUUUCUGUUGCAAUGGGGUCUAGUGCUUUGAAACUUCAGAGGACGGUUACAAAUGUGGGCAAGGCUAAAGCAUCUUACAUCGUCAAGAUUUCUGCACCUCAGGGAGUGGAUGUGAGUGUCAAGCCUCGUAAGCUCGACUUCACCCAAACUAACCAGAAGAAGACGUAUACAGUGACCUUUGAGAGAAAAGAUGAUGGGAAGAGCGGCAGCAAGCCAUUUGCUCAAGGGUUUCUGGAAUGGGUCUCUGCAAAACACUCAGUCCGAAGCCCAAUUUCUGUGAAGUUUGAAUGAAGAAUAGGGGCUUCAAGUUGUAGCAACCAAUAAAGGAGGAUUCUAAUUCUUG